AUGCCCCGACCAUCCGGCCCCCGCGACCCAAUCGCCGGCCCCGACACCCCAGCGCCACCCUUCCCCCUCCGCCUUCGCGGCCCCGUCAUCAAGGGCUUCGGCCGCGGCAGCAAAGAGCUCGGCAUCCCCACGGCCAACAUUCCGCUCGAAGGCCUGUCCAUCGGCGGCCACGACGACCUGGACUCGGGCAUAUACUACGGCUGGUGCACGCUGGACCACAGUUCGAUUGCAGCACAAACAACGACCACGAGCGUCCCGAGCGCAACGGAGGACACCUCACCGCCGUCGCGCUCGUCGAAUCACGCCGUCGCGGAUCUCGAAUACACCUCCGCGCCCGCGCCGUCCAGUACGACUAUCUACCCCACCGUGCUGAGCAUCGGGUUCAACCCGUACUACAAGAACACGCAGCGCAGCAUCGAGAUCCACAUCCUGGCGAAUUUCCCCGCGGACUUUUACGGCGCGACGUUGAGCUUGGUUAUACUGGGGUUUAUACGGCCCGAGUACGACUAUGUCAGUGUCGAGGCGCUGGUCGAGGACAUACGCACCGACAUCAGGGUUGCGCAGAAGAGUUUGGAGAGGGAGGCGUAUCAGAGCUGGAAGCGGGAUGAGUGGUUGAGAGGGAAGGGUGGGGGGCAGGUUGGGCAGGUGGAUGGGGUCGGGGUGAGUAGGAUGGAGUAGAUGAGGCAAUGAGUGGGCAUAGCGAUGCGUGUAUGAUUGUAUACUGUGGAUUUCGAUUGAGAGAAUGGACGUGUCGAACACUUGCUUGUGGCAAAGUGCUCCAGUCGAGCCA